AAGUCCGUUCUCUCCCUCUCACUCUCUCCUAGGGUUUCUGAUUUCGGAGUCUUCGUGUGAUCUUCCUGUGAUCGUAGGUCUCUGUCGUUUCUAGCUUGGGAUGGCGACCGCUUCAGUUGCAUUUAAGUCUAGGGAGGACCAUAGAAAGCAAAUUGAGUUGGAAGAAGCACGUAAAGCUGGGCUUGCUCCUGCUGAGGUUGACGAGGAUGGAAAAGAGAUCAACCCUCAUAUUCCCCAGUAUAUGUCAUCUGCACCUUGGUAUCUCAAUGCUGAGAGACCUAGUUUAAAACAUCAAAGGAAGUGGAAAUCAGAUCCGAAUUACACAAAAUCGUGGUAUGACAGAGGUGCAAAGAUUUACCAGGCUGACAAAUACAGGAAGGGUGCAUGUGAAAACUGUGGAGCUAUGACACACGAUUCAAAGUCAUGCAUGGAUAGACCCCGGAAAGUGGGAGCAAAAUGGACGAACAAACACAUUGCACCUGAUGAAAAGAUAGAGACAUUUGAGCUUGACUAUGAUGGAAAACGGGACCGGUGGAAUGGCUAUGAUGCAUCCACCUAUGCCUAUGUCAUUGAGAGAUAUGAAGCAAGAGAUGAAGCUCGAAGGAAAUACCUGAAAGACCAACAGCUUAAGAAACUUGAGGAGAAAAACAAUAACCAAAAUGAUGAGGCUGGGGUAAGUGAUGAGGAUGAAGAAGAAGAUGGUCUAAGGGUAGAUGAAGCCAAGGUUGACGAGAGCAAACAAAUGGAUUUUGCAAAGGUUGAAAAGCGUGUACGUACAACAGGUGGUGGAAGCACCGGAACUGUGAGGAACUUGCGUAUUCGGGAGGACACGGCAAAAUAUCUUUUAAAUCUUGAUGUCAACUCUGCACAUUACGAUCCCAAAACCCGGUCCAUGCGUGAAGAUCCUAUGCCAGAUGCAGAUCCUAAUGAGAAGUUCUAUGGGGGAGAUAAUCAACAUAGAGAUAGUGGUGAAGCUUUGGAGUUCAAGCAACUUAACAUCCAUUCUUGGGAAGCAUUUGACAAGGGACAAGACAUUCACAUGCAAGCAGCUCCGUCCCAAGCCGAGUUGCUUUAUAAGAAUUAUAAGGUCAUCAAGGAGAAAUUGAAAUUCCAAACAAAGGACACCAUCUUGGAGAAGUAUGGCAAUGCAGCUGCUGAAGAAGAACUUCCAAUGGAGCUUCUACUCGGACAAAGUGAAAGACAAGUUGAAUAUGAUCGUGCUGGAAGGAUAAUAAAGGGGCAGGAGAAGGCACUUCCAAGAAGCAAAUAUGAAGAAGAUGUAUACAUUAACAACCACACAUAUGUUUGGGGUUCGUGGUGGAAGGAUCAUCAGUGGGGCUACAAGUGCUGCAAGCAGAUGAUCCGAAAUAGCUAUUGCACUGGUGCCGCCGGAAUAGAAGCUGCUGAGGCUGCAACAGAUCUUAUGAAGGCUAAUAUUGCUCGUAAGGAAGCUACUGAAGAGUUGCCUCCGCCAGUGGAGGCCAAAAGGCUAGCUUCUUGGGGAACUGAUGUCCCUGAUGAUCUGGUUUUGGAUGACAAGUUACUUGCUGAGGCACUUAAAAAGGAGGAUGAAAGGAGAAGAGAAGAGAAAGAUGAUAGAAAAAGGAAGUAUAACGUCAGAUAUAAUGACGAGGUUACCCUGGAAGAUAUGGAAGCUUACAGGAUGAAGAAGGUCCACCAUGACGAUCCGAUGAGGGAUUUCUUAAAUUAAGACAUAGUUUGUUUCGUAGAAUGGAAUAGCUAUUUUUACUCCUUGUAACAUUGAAUAUGUAUUUUUUUUUUGUUUGGUACAGUGUAAUGCACGGGUGAAUGAAAUCAUAUUGUAAUCAAAUUUCUUAAACACCUUUAUAAUACAAACAUAAUUUACAUUCUUAAAGUAUAUUUUUUAUUUAUUUUUAGGUUAAACUUUUUA